AUGUCCAGACGUAUGUCGCUGCCGCUCAUUACCUUCCCCGAUCAACGAUACCCUCACAUGAUACUGACACCACCAACGCGCAAGCCCGAUCUGAUCAAUCGACGCAAGCGUUUCAAGUCACAAAGGAUGGACGGUGUCGGCGAGCAGCCAACUCUCCGACUGAUGAUCGACGGCCAGCACCUGCACCCCGGCGUGGUUGCCCGGGACUGCAGGGCCUAUGUACGAAAGGACACUGGCGACACAGCUAGACCACCGCGCGCCUUGGAGGUCGCCUCGGAUGCGCGGCAAGUCGCCCUCGGGCGCGAAGUUACGGCCAAGACCUGCACCCCGGCGUGGUUGCCCGGGUCUGCGGGGCCUUUGAGCGAAAGCUCUCUGGCAAACCAGCGAGACCACCGUGCGAUGGGGAGGUCGCCUCUCUGCGCGGUCCCAUGCGACGGCCAACACCUGCACCCCGGACUGGUCGCCCGGGUCUGUGGGGCCUCUGAACGAAAGCUCUUUGGCGAAACGGCGAGACUACUGCGUGCCGGGUCGGUCGGCUCGUGGUUGUCCGGGCUUGCGGGGCCUAUGGAGGAAACUCCACUGGCGGAACAGCAAGACCACUGCGCGGCGGGGAGGUCGCCUCGAUGUGCAGUUAUAUGCGACGGCUAA